CACGGUCAACACCACCCUUGGCUUGUACGGAUUACAGCAUUGUACCACUAUUCCGUCUCCUGAGGCACAUUUGGCCACGCUGUUUGGCCUCUCUACUAAUUGACACGUCUUUGACAGACAAUCAUUUUAUCAUGUCGAGGGCCUUGGAUCCAGACACCGCUGCGUUUCUAAGAGCAGGUGAUCCUUUGGCGGCUUACCAGACGAUAUCUAAGGUGCUGAUCUCGCCAAAAGAUGGUCUGCUCGAAAUCGAGGUUUUGGGCAAAACCCAUUUCCUUGAGGAAGGGCAGUAUGUCCUCCAGGAUGGAUCUGCGGUCGCUAUUUCCAAGCUGGGUCUUGUCCAAGCUUUCAUGGUCGCCAGGCAGUUUCUCAAGGGCCAUCUUGACGGCACUCUGCCACGGCCAGAUACUGAUGUCCUUGCCAUGACGGCGGUUAUCCUACUUUUCGACCCUGAAUACCUCACGGCCGCCAACACUAGGAAGCGCCUCCUUCAAGCACAGAUAUCCAGCGGCAGCGAUGUACGCGCAAGACUGGAGACGGAGAAGCGCUUCGUUGACAGCCUCCUGACAAGCAGGUUACACCGGCACACGAAGUCGCCUACCCUAUGGAGUCACCGCCGCUGGCUUGUCCACAUGUUUGUUUUGCUUGGGCUGCCGGUGGACGUGCUUGGGGAUAUCAGGGACGUCGUAUUUGUCGCUGGGGAAAGGCACCCAAGGAAUUACUACGCCUGGUGUCAUGCGCGGUUCCUGAUGGGAUUGAAAAGGGGCAUCAGCCACCCGAGUAUCUCGGCCGCCGUGCAGGCCUGGUGUUUCCAACAUCAUACCGAUAUCUCCGGGUGGUCCUUCCUCUCCUUCCUCCUGCAUCAAGAGAGCGGCACAAAUAUUGAAGUUGGAUGCACGACGUUCACAAACGUUCUGAAUCUGGCCAGUUCGCUUCGGCUGGCUAAUGAGUCCCUCUGGGUCUUCCUACGGACCCUCGCCGCUUCGCGGCUUGUUGGUGACGAGCAGUGCGCGCAACUACGCGCUGUCCAAGCAGCUAUCCUGGAGACCGUGGCAACACCGGCAGAUCAGGCGGUACUACGAGCCGCCGUCGACUGGUGCGAGGCAUACCGGCGGCGCAGUGGGCCGCCUCUUGCAGAUGGUCAAUUGCGCGGGAAAUGAGAUGGCAAGCAACAAACAAACGCCAGUAUCUGAUCCUUAAGUCGUGGACUCCGAUCA